GCUCAAGCAAGCUCAGCUCGCGCACGGAGCCGCUGCUGCGCCUGGCGACCUUUUGACAGCCGCAUCGGUCACUCUACUUAUCGCUCGCCAGCCUUGGUUGGAGACCGCGUAUUUUAGGCCGCCCUAGUCACCGCGUACACUCAAAGCCGCCGGAGGCCGCAGACGCGCCGACAGCGCAACCGCGCGCACCCAGCAGCAAAGCAGGAACGAUGCGCCCCCUGAAAGACCGCGGCCGGCCCUGGACGCUCCGCGACGUCGGUAGCACAUAUGACUACGAAAAGACCGUCGGCGAAGGUGUUUAUGGGGAAGUCUUCCAAGCGACGGAAAAGCUCACGAAGGACGCGCGAGCUUUGAAACGCGUCAAGACGGACAACGCCACGGAGCGCGAAGGCUUCCCCAUCACCGCUUUGCGCGAGGCGAACGUCCUCAAAAGGCUAGCUCAUGAGAACGUCGUCACGUUGCAUGAAGUGCUCACGGACGGCGACGGUGGAGUUAUAAGCUCGUUCGAGUUCUGCGCCCAUGAUCUGGCUGGACUCAUUGAAUCCCCAAAGAUGAAUCUGCUGAUCAAGCGGCCGGCUCGAGUUCGCAGCUUAGCGAGGCAGCUCUUCGCGGGGAUCGAUCACGCCCACGCGCAUGGCGUGUUGCACAGAGACAUAAAAGCGGCGAACUUACUGGUCACAAAAGAUGGUGUACUUAAGAUAGCUGAUUGGGGCCUCGCGAGGACCUAUGAAAGUGACUCAAAAUUGACGAAUCGCGUCGCGACGCUCUGGUACCGGGCGCCCGAGCUGUUGCUGGGGGCGACGCGCUGUAGUGAUGGCUACGGGCCCGCGCUGGAUGCCUGGUCCUGCGGAUGUCUCGUCGCGGAGUUAUUGAGAGGAGCACCAAUUCUACCAGGGAAUACUGAGAUCGAGCAGGUGGACCUCAUCUUUGCGCUCUGUGGGUCUCCCACCACCGACACGUGGCCGGGCGGCCCGAAUUUACCGCUCUGGGAUACCUUCUGUAAUGUAGAUGAGGAUGAUUCGUCUGUCAAAGAAAGAACGCUGCGGGAGCGCUUCUCGGCGUUCGAUGCGGAAGCGCUGGAUUUGGUCGAUGCCAUCCUCCAAUGUGAUCCGUCUUCUCGACUAUCGGCGUCGGACGCGCUGCAGCGGCCCUACUGUCGGGACGCGCCCCGCCCUUCUGAGCUCGAGCCUUUGGACGGCGAGUCUUCCUUAGAACUCGAGGUGCGGAAGCGUCGGCGCGAAAAGAAAGGUAGUGGCGAGGCGCGUAAGUCAUAGUUCAGUUUU